GAGAAAGCUGCGGAAGAGAAGGACGAAGGCUGGAUAACUGUAACGAGCGGAAAGAAAAGAGGGCAAUUCGCGCCGACCAGGAAGGAAUCUACCAUCAGCAAGGUGCAACAGAAGGAGGAACAGCGCAAGAAGAAGAAGGAAUUGAUUAAUUUCUAUACCUUCCAAAUUCGCGAGACGAAAAAGCAGAAUUUAGCGGAGCUACGCAAAAAGUUCGAACUGGAUAAAAAAAGACUGCAGGAAUUGAAACAAAAACGGACGUUUAAGCCAUUUUAGGUACGUUAAAUGUUGUUGUAAAUAACUAGGAUAUGAUUGUAAAAUUAUUAAAAUCAGUUGUAAUUCGUUAGAA